GUCGUUGUAUUAAAAUUGGGAAGUGAAGUUUAGCUAGGUUUGUAGCUAGUUCGUUAAUAAAACGCGUUGUUCCGUUUAGGGUUUUUAAAGCUACAUCAACGAUAUGGCAAUACAUGGACAGUGUGCUUAUUCUUCAGUAGCCGCAGAUAGGUGUGGGCCCACUUGAACUUUUACCGAUGUGGUGAAUGUACAGGCUUGCCCUUGGUUGAAUUAACCUAGAUGGUAGUCUAGCAAGUACUUAGUUAUGCCAGAACGCUGGCUAUAACAUGUUAUUUUAAUGUUUUGCAUCUCUACACUUCAGAGUCUCAAACCACAUGUACUUGUUUAGCGUAGGAACGGACGGUAAGUAGCUCGAGUGGACCCCUCGAUUUCGAGUAAUGUUACCGAGCGAGGAAACGCAACAGUUGGAAAAGUUCAGCAGGAAUAGACACGAAGGCAGUGGCUUCUUGGUUCAGUGGAAUUUGACGACUUCCAGCACACCAGAGAGACCUGAAGAAGGUGGAAUGGAAUUGAACAUUACUGCUGGAGUUUUCAUGGUGCUAAUGAUAGCCAUAGUAACAGCACUCCUGCUUUGCUGUUGUAAAACUUACGUGGUUUGUCAAAAGAGAAGACGAAGGCAGAGAGCGUGGGAACGAAAUAACGGUGGAGCAGAAAGAGGUAACCGAAGUCUACCGACAACCCAGCGGUACAGUGACGAACCACCAACAUACGCAGAUAUUUUCUUCAGCCGUUCCGCAGAGCAGUCACACGAAGCGGAAACCCCAACAGUUACUGCAACUACUAUUUCAAACAAUAACACUCAACCAAAAGACCCAGAAGAUUCAAUUGCUGUGUAUUGGUCAUUUGAUGACAUAAACAUCAGCACUGAAGCCCCGCCACCUUUAUAUCCAACCGUGGUGAUAGAAAACGAAGCAGCGAUAUCAGAACUGCCACCGCCGGAGUAUGAAACCUGCUCAAGAAACCGCGUGCGAGCGCCACCAUCCGGUACGUCUACAAGGCGAUCAACCGGGCGGUUAAACAUUGUCUCAAAUGCAGUGAUGAACGCCAUUCAAUCAGUUUCUGCUUUGGUUUCAAAAGAAAAUCGACGUACAGUCACAAACCAGCGGACAGAAAGAUCUGAAAAUAGUGUAAAUGAGUCUACUUCUCGCACUGUAGGGCCACAAACAUCAAGCACACCAGAUACUGUCCCCUCUGUUGAAUAUUCAAACGCUUUAACAGAUGUGUAGAACUCGUUACACUACAUAAUUUAUAUGUCUUGUCUUUAAUUUUAUUUUACCUGUUGUUCUUUUGUAUGUGAAUGGUGAUUUUAUGCGACAAGUGUUAAAUUAUCUUCUGUUGUCUUUUGUGAUCGCUUUUAAGUUUCUUACAACUGUUUUGUUAUCGCCUUGCAGUAUUUUGUUUUGUCGUCGUUGACAAUUAUUUGCAUUUUAUGUGGCCUUCAGACAUUUUUUUAAUAUCUGAGUACUUAUAGGCUAUUUAUAUAAAAAAUUAAAAUAUUAAAGGCAGAUCAAGUUUCCGCGUUUGUACCAUUCAUAUAUUUGAUUUCGUGUUUUAAAUUUUUCUUCAAAUGAA